GUCGGCAAUACGGUGGGUUAUAUACAACUGAUCAUGGUGCCAUUCAUGUCUGCAAAUAUUUGUGUGUAUUAACAAUGGUCUAAUACUUUUAUUGUGAAUGACAAAGCAGAAAAGAAUUUAAGGGGGAUUAUAAAGAAACAUAAAGGACAGAAAUAGCAGAAAAUAAAUUUGUUUUUGUUUUGCAAUUAAUAUAUUGCAAACCCAGCUUGGCAGGAUAAAGGAUGUAUGAGGAGGAAAAAGAGAGGACAAGAAAAGGCCCAUGGACUGCAGAGGAGGAUAUGGAGCUUGUUAGGUAUAUAUCUCUUCAUGCUGAAGGUCGUUGGAAUUACCUAGCCAAAGCUGCAGGGCUGAAGAGAAGUGGGAAGAGCUGCAGGCUGAGGUGGGUUAACUAUCUACGCCCAGAUCUUAAGAGAGGCAACAUUACUCCAGAAGAAGAGCGGUUAAUAAUAGACCUACAGAGCCGUUGGGGUAACAGGUGGUCCCGAAUUGCCCAGAGUUUGCCUGGGCGGACAGACAAUGAAAUCAAGAACUACUGGAGGACAAGGAUAAAAAGAAGGUUUCAUAGAGCAAGUACUGGAAAUGGGUCAUCAUAUCAUUCAAUUUAUACCACCUGUUUGCCAAAUCCAUUCCUCCAGCAAAGCAGUAGAGUAGAAAAGGCUAGUCCACCACAGAAUAGCCUGCAACAAACUGGAGCCCUCAACAAUAAAGUGGUUUAUUUUGAUGAACAAGCCCAUGAGGAAUUCAUAACAGGUUCUGUUGAUUCAAUCAGGAUUUUAAAUGGGGUGGCCAAGUUUAACGAUAGUAGCAAUGGGCAAACUGAAGCUUUGGUUGCACCUUCAGAAUAUCAGUCCUUUGCAGGCCUAUUAUCUGGAAUUUAUUCAGAUGAGAUGGAAGAUGCACCAGUUUCAAUCUUCUCUACUGUGCCUUGGCCUGAAGAACUACUACAGUAGAAGCUUUUUUUAACUUGGAAUGGUAGAUCGAUAGUCAAAUCCAAUAUUUAAUCAGAUAAGCUUUGCUUGGGUUAAUAAAUUACUAUGGUUUGGCACAACCUUAUGUCUGCUUGUUUCAGUUUGAGGAGAAAGACUGGAAAGUUUAAGAAUUCAUCUUAAGGGUGUUUAUUACAAGGGAUUCUUCCACUUUAGUGUCCACAAGGGACAAUGAGUGAGUUCAUAGUUUUGUUUCAUUGAUUUCUCAAAAAAUUGAGGGAUCUCGUUAUUCUCAAACACUUCAUCUCAUAGUUUAUUAGAUUUGAAAUCUGUGGUCGUAAAAAUAAUUGUAUCCUUAUAAUGGAUUAUGGUGUUAGAAAUAUUGUAUUGCCCUUAUGGCUUCUUCUAUACAGCUGUAUUAAUGAGCAUAUGUUUAAUUCA